AUAAAAAUAUUUGUCACUAUUUAUUUUGGUUUUAUUUGCUCUUGAAACUGAACACUUUUGGGCACCCUGCGCAAGUACAACUAGUGUUUUCAAUAUUUUUUAUUAACUAAAAGAAGUCCAUUUUGAAAUGUGUAGGAGUAUUAUUGUGAGUGGCGUCAUCGAGUGGUUAUCUCCCAAACAGUGACUCUAACUCAUGUGACAAGCGACUACGAACCGAAAUACGCUAGGUGUUUUGCGGCAUCUAUCUUGACGUGGCAGGGGAUGCGAGGCCUUUUCCACAUCAGCCAUUUUGUGUGUUAACUGUAUUGGUUUGCUCAGGUGAUUGCAUAAUAUACGAACUCAUAUAAAUAAAGUGAUCAAAGUCCAACACAUCCAUGGGAAAUAUAUUUGUCUCGCUUUUCAAAGAUCUGUUUGGGAAGAAGGAGAUGCGGAUUUUGAUGGUAGGACUUGAUGCUGCUGGAAAAACAACAAUUCUGUAUAAACUGAAGUUAGGAGACAUUGUUACCACAAUUCCUACCAUAGGUUUUAACGUAGAAACAGUGGAAUAUAAAAACAUCUGUUUUACUGUGUGGGACAUUGGAGGUCAAGACAAAAUCAGACCAUUGUGGCGUUACUACUUUCAAAAUACACAAGGACUUAUAUAUGUAGUGGACAGCAAUGACAGAGAAAGAGUUGGUGAAGCAAGAGAAGAACUGUUCCGAAUGUUGGGAGAAGAUGAGCUAAGAGAUGCUGUUUUGUUGAUCUUUGCUAACAAACAGGACUUGCCCAAUGCUAUGAAUGCAGCAGAAAUAACAGAUAAACUUGGACUUCAUUCUUUAAGGAACAGAAAUUGGUACAUCCAAGCUACGUGUGCAACUAGCGGGGACGGUCUGUACGAAGGCCUGGAUUGGCUAUCCAGCCAGUUGAGAAAUCAGAAAUAAUGGAUGUUGUUAUGAUCUAGUUAAAUAUUUACAUCAUUUGGUUGAUACGUCACCAGAAUACCCUCUUUCAUUUAUUUAUCUUUUUAAUUAUAAUUUCAAGAAAUCUGCUCUGAUGAGAUAGCAAGUCAUGUUUUUUAACUUUUUUUUUUUUUCUUAAAGUCACUUAAGUUUAACAAUCGGUUAUAUCACCAUUUUCCCUUCUAGUUAAUUAAGUGGUCUUUAGAAUAUCGGAAAUUGUAUUUUAUAAACUUUUGUGUUUUCUCUAUUAGUUCUGUUCGUUAUUUUUUAUUACCUUGCGUAAGUUACCGGAACAAAACUGUACAGAACUAGAAGAGGCUGGAGUAAUUGUUAAUUUUGUAAAUAUUGCUUCACUUUGUUUUUGUUUUUUCACCCCCCAUCUCCAUUUGUGAUUAUCUCAUUGCUGAGGGCCCAAAAUAGUUGAUUUACAAGCACAUUGUGAUUUUUAUAAAACAUUUGGAGCACAUAUUUGGGGAGGAAGCCUUUCACAGAAUGAAAGUGACAGGGGGAUAAGAAGCUUUGAACGAGAUCUUGAUAUUCCACCAGAUCAAGUUGAGGUGCAGUGUAGGCCUAAUUUGAACGAGAUCUUGAUAUUCCACCAGAUCAAGUUGAGGUGCAGUGUAGGCCUAAUUUGAACGAGAUCUUGAUAUUCCACCAGAUCAAGUUGAGGUGCAGUGUAGGCCUAAUUUGUUUUUCUGUAAUUUGAACAUAAAUAAAGUUUGUCCCUGUGAAUACUUGACUUGUA